AUGAGUUUUUUAUCAAAAUUAUCAAAACUUAAAAAAUCGUCAUCUUCCGCACAGAGCAGAAAAGGUUUGGUUAAAACAAACGAACCAGAAGAAUCAUUACUACCUAAAUCGUAUGUUCGUGAAGAAGAUGAUGCUGUAAAAAGAUUAAAAGAGUUAAGAAAAAAAGAACUUUUAAAAAACGGUGGUGACGUGCAUAAAAAAUCUGCUGCAAAGAAAGAAAGUUCUCUUAAGAGUUCAACUACAAAAUCUAGUUCAAGAAGACCAAAAAACAGGGACUCACAUUCUGAAACUACUUACAAAAGAAAAAUUGGAGAAAGGACUAAGGGAGCGUCCUAUCAAGGUUCAAAUAAUGUAAUCUCAAGAAAAGAACAUACUAAAAAAAUGUCUUUUGACGAAUUAAUGAAACAAGCAGAGACAAAUAAAACAAAACCAGAAAUUGAUAUGAAUAAACAAAAUCUACCAAAGCCAGCAAGACGCUUAUCAAAACCUGGCUUUAAACCAUCAAAAUAUGCUAGGAACAAUCAGAUUGCUAAAGCAAAUUCAACUGACUUAAAUUCGGAAAGAAAGUCACAUAAUUCUAACAACCUUCGAGAUACUCCAUCUCUGUCGAAGCCUUCAGGUGAGGAAUCCCCUGUGGUUGUUCAAAUUCCAAAGAAUAAUUUUGCUCGACCAAAUGAGAAGAUUAGAAAGAUGCUAGACUCUAGGAAGAGAAGCCAUAAAAGACAAUACGAUUAUGAUGAUGAGGAAGAAGAUGAUAUGAGUGAUUUUAUAGAAGAUGAUGAAGGUGAAGAAGAUAGUUAUCAUAAUUAUGAUAGACGAAAAGCAGAUAGAGAUCCGGGAUAUGAUAGAGAUGAAAUUUGGGCUAUGUUUAACAAGGGCAAAAAACGUUCUGAUUACGGCUACGAUGAUUACUAUGAAGAUGAUAUGGAAGCUAAUGAAUUUGAAAUCAUGGAAGAAGAAGAAGAAGCUAGAAAAAUUGCCAGAAUAGAAGAUAAACAGGAAGAAGCUUGGCUGAAAAGUCAUGAAGCUGCUAAAAAGAAAAGAAAAAAUUUUCGCUAG